AUGGCCGCCUGCAUAGCUCCGCCCGUGGACAUUUCCCACCAUUUUUCCUUUGCAGCCAAGAAUCGCACUCCGAGCGGUGUCAAGAGCUUCUACAAGUACUAUCUCAUCCCGAACAUUGCCAAUUUUGCCGGUGGCCUCCCACAUCCUUCGUACUUCCCCUAUGACACCCUCGAAGCCACGGUCGCUCGUCCUCAGCGUUUGCAGCCGUCAACAAAAGAUGAUUCCAAGGCCGACCGAGUCACUGUCCCCAAGCAGAGCACGCAGACCGACCUAUCGCGCAAGAUUGAUCUGAGUACCGCCCUGCAGUAUGGCACAGCCGAAGGGUACCCGCCACUUCUCGCCUUCCUGCGACAGUUCACCCGCGACCAUCUGCAUCCAAAUGUGCCGUAUGCCGAAGGACCCGAGAUCAUCCUCACCUGUGGCAACACCGAUGGCUUCUCCAAGGCAAUCGAGCUCUUCACCAACGUCUGGAAUCCCGACCGCGAUUGGAUCCAGCAGCGUCAGGGCGUCCUGUGCGAAGAAUUCGCCUAUAUGAAUGCCAUCCAAACAAUCAGCCCGCGUGGACUGAACGUAGUCAGUGUGGGCAUGGAUGGCCAAGGCAUGAGAGCCGCGGGCAAGGGAGGUCUGGCGGAUGUGCUGGAGAAUUGGGAUUUUCGUCGUGGUUGGCGACCACACCUGAUGUAUACCGUAACGAUCGGGCAAAAUCCAACUGGAGGUACGCUCUCGCUUGAGCGGCGAAAGGAAAUCUAUGCACUCUGCGUCAAAUACGAUGUGAUCAUCGUCGAGGAUGAGCCGUAUUGGAAUCUGCAAUUUCCCUCGGCAUACGAAUCGGAGGCUAAGGCUCGAGGCACCCGGGAAUCCACUCCAUACAAGCGAAGCUAUAACCCCGAUGGUCGGUCCUCGGGCUACGCGUUUUUGGACUCGCUGGUCCCUUCCUACCUCUCAGUCGAUACCGAAGGUCGCGUGGUCCGGCUGGACACCUUCUCCAAAACAAUCGCGCCGGGAAGUCGCCUCGGCUGGAUGACGGCACAGCCUGCCGUCAUCGAACGCGUGGCUCGGAUUACCGAGGUGACAUCCCAGCAGCCCUCCGGCUUUGUCCAGUCCGUCGUGGCUCAAACAAUCAUGGGAAGCCAAGACGAUGGAAACCCAUUUGGUAGCACAAAGAAGCAAGAUGGCCAGUCUUGGCAAAUGGAUGGCUGGGUACGCUGGCUGGAGGGUCUGCGUGGUGGUUAUGAACGGCGCAUGAAAGCCAUGUGCACGAUCCUAGAGGAGAGCAAAUUCUUGCUCUCCGAAACUCCGGAUACUUCUCAUGUUGACGAUCAUGUUGAUGGGUGGGAAGUAGUCGACCGAGUGCAGAUGUUUGAUUUCGUGUGGCCCAAAGGCGGCAUGUUUGCCUGGGUGGAAGUGUGCUUCGAUACGCAUCGCUUGCGAUCGCAGUAUAGCGCCGAGCGAUUAUCCAAGGCAUUCUGGAUCCAUCUCACUAGGAAGCCGCACUCGUGCUUGGUGGGCCCGGGUAGUCUAUUUGCACCAACUCCAGAGUCGGCCAAAGUAGCCCACAAGUACAUCCGCAUCGCUUUUGCCCCAAUGGAUGCCGAAGAUGUGGUGCCGUACACCCGUCGUCUUGUUGAGGGCUUCCGAUCGUUCUGGAAACGAACGGAUUUAGAUGGAUUGGAUGACGAGGAGGUUUUGGCAAUGCAGACAAAGAAUUUGGGACCUGACGCUGUGAGCUUUCUAGGACCUGGAUGCUAA